CAAGAAAGGACAAAGAUGUGAUUGCCCACCUGAAAAAAGUUUUAGAAGAGCAAGAUAUAAUAUUAGCUGAACAAGGACAGGCACUUGACGAACGUCAAGGUGAAUUGGAGACUCUUUCCACAGAACUGCAAACUUGGCAAGAAAAGAACGCCUUUGCAACCAAGGAGCUGGACAUAAAGAAAAAGGAAAUUACCAACUUGAAGAACCAAGCGAUGGCUGCUAGUGAUGCCAUGAAAAAUAUGUCCAACAAGAACGAAGUUUAUGAGCGUAGCGCCUCCGAGCGGAUGCAGAACAUGGAGAAGGAAAUAGCCAUCUUGCAGAAAGAGCGUGCUACUCUGGAGGAAAAGCUAGUAAAGAAGGAUGAAGAAAUCAGCAAAAUGAACGAUUCAAGAGACAACAUCAUGAAAACCAUGCGUCAAACAUUAGAGGUGGCUAACGCCAAAAAGGCGGAGUAUGAAAUCAAACUGUCCACCAUCCGCGAGCAGUGUAAGCAGGAUUUGAGACGAGAGAUGGAAGAGGAACUGCGCAAAACGAAACGGGAUUACCAGAGACAACUUGACGACAAGGAUAGGAGUAUAGAGGGGAUCAAACAUGAGAAAGAAAACGUGGAAAGAGAACUCGCUGCUGAAAGAAGCGUCUCUUCAAAAACAGAUUCCUCUUCUUCAGACCAUGAAGUAGCAGACAAGGCGGAUCCGACAACGUCUUCCUCAAGAUCAGCGAAGAGAUCCUUGAAGAGGAACAGCAGUGACAUACCAUUGGCUCAGCUCAAAACCAAAUGGACGAAAGCACAAAAAACACAGGCCAGUGACGAGGACUUUACUCCUGGCUCUCCAAGGAGAACGCGAAGUCGCCCGAGCACACGACAAUCUGCGAGAAACAAACAGACGACAUCCGGGACAAAGUCGACGACUUUAUCAGCAAAAAAGUCGUCAGUGGACGAGACAGAGUCACCCAAAGUAGAAUCAAAAAAGAGAAAACUCUUCCAAGACUUACAAGAAAACGCUGCAGGUGAAGACACUGAAAAGGGCACAUCGCAACCGAACGAAGAAAGAGAAAAUGUACCGCCAAAGUUAACUCAGUCCUCCGCGAAAAAGGGAAAAAAGUUGUUCAAGAAACCUGCGGUGACAGCAUAUUUGUCUCCCGCAAAACAGGAAUGUCGUGAAGCAAAAACAGAACAAGACUCCACAAGAACUAUAAUUGCCAGACAAUUGCGUCCGCGAGCUGUGAAAUAUAACUAGCAUUAUUAAGUUGGUUUUUUUAAGGUAGCGCAGGAAGAAAGUAGCAGUUUUUCACCUUCGAAAUGUGCGCUGAGUGCAUGGAGUUAUUUGAGACCAUCACAAAUCGUAGUAUUAGUAUGAAGUGUUAAUCAAAGUGUCUCAUUCUCAAACUUGAUUGAUCAUGAAAUCGUGAAUCGUCAACGGAUUUUGCUGUUCUUUUACUCACGAAUCAAACAUUGAGAUUGUUUCCUAUUUUCUGUUCGUGGUAAUAAACAAAUCGUUCAGACGAAAUUGUAGAAAAAGUGUAACUCUGCCAAGUCUAACUAACGUGCAGGCUUGAAUUUGCUAUUACAUUCUUUGAUUUAUGGGUGGUGCUUUGAUCAAACUCCUGUUUUUUACGCAAUAAUAAAAUGCUGAAACUCCUUUUCAA